GUGUGUAUAGCUUUGGAGAGAGAAGCGCAUGGCUUGGGGGAGAGAAGCAUGCACGCAGUCGAACAGCGCCUGUUGAGUGUGGGACGUCUACAAAUCUUCGUCUACUACAAUACCGUCUCUCCCCUCCUCAAGACAAGAUCCUAUAGGCUCAGUGUGGAAGGGCCUUUAUGCAUCAAAACCAAUAAUGUGAGAACCCGAUGCAGACCUCGUGUCAUGGACGUUUAAUUGUAACAACCGCUCCAUUUUAUUUGUGUCGUACAUUUUCUUAACCGGCGGUGAAAUCAUCGAUUUACACUAACCUAUUGAUACCUGGAUUGAGAUGCGGCAAUGUUCCGAGCAAUAUGCACACGUGUAAACUUCUGCUGGAUUUGGCUGGCUGUUCUGUUUCUGCUGAAAGUAGAGGAUGUUGGCGCGUACAGCUGUCAUGAGGUGAAGACCGCUUUCCAGGUGCGACAGAUUGGUCCGCUGAAGUGGGUACCGGAGACACCUGGAACAGAUGUGGACUUGUUGGUGUGUAAGCACCAGGGCCCGUCCUGCUGCACCCGCAAGAUGGAGGAGAGCUACCAGGCGGCGGUGAGACGAGAGACUCUCCAGAGCGUCCGCUCCUACAGCUUCGAGCUGAAGUACCUCAUCUCCGGCCAUGCCACCGCCUUCCAGGACACAUUCCAGUACCUGCUCUCCUUCUCCCAGGGCCACCUCUCCUCCCUGCUGGAGGACACCUACUCGCCCCUCUCCCGGGAGGCCCUCCCCCAUGUCAACGCCCUGUUCUCCUCCCUCUCCCUCUACAUCCACGGACACAACCUCUCCCUCGAAGCUGCCGUUGCCCGUUUCCACGACAACCUCUUCCCACUCGUCUACGGGCGCCUGGUCAACCCGGGCGUGGGCGUCCAGGGUGGCUUGUCCGGCGAGCGGGGCGAGUGUCUCCGUGCCACACGGCAGGACGUCAACCCAUUCGGCCCUCACCCCGAAACGCUCGCUCAGGAACUGGGGCGCACCCUGGGCGCCGGGCGAGCCUUAUCUUUGGCCCUCGCCGAGGGCACAGAAGUCAUGAACGCCACCGAACACGUUUCCUUCACCAAAGAGUGUUUACGUGGCUUGACCAAGAUGCAGUACUGCUCGCACUGCCGUGGGCUGACGCUGAUCAAGCCGUGCGUGGGCUACUGCCUGAACGUGAUGCGCGGGUGCUUGGCGAGCGUGGCCGAGCUGGACGGGCCGUGGCGGAGGUAUGUGGCGGUGUUGGAGGAGCUGAUCAAUGCUGUGGCCGGACAACACAGCCUGGAACUGGCCCUGCUUGGAGUCAGGGGGCACGUGAAUGAGGCCAUACUACACGCUCAGCUCCAUGGGCCCACGCUGACCGCUACGGUGGACAAAGUGUGUGGUCGGUCAGCCAAGGAGCCCCGCACCAGCGUCCGCCCUGACCCCGCCUCAGAGGUCACGACCUUCACGGUGACAUCAUCAACCGUCCCUCCCUCCGACCCCCCCUCCACCCCCCCCACCAGAACAGCUGAUGGGACAACUUGCCCACCUGAGGAGGCACCCGGUGCCCACAGCAGCUGGCAGGGCAGUGCCCACAGGGAGGGGGGAAGAUUAAUACUGACGGACCGCUUCCUGUUUACCCAGACUACCAUAGCCCCAGCUCAGAUCAGCUGCCCACCUCAUUCAUUCCCCCUGAAACCCUCCAAGAACGAUAAACCUAGAAGUCUGAAAAAGAUCUCUAGGGAGUUUCUGAGCUACAUCCAGCGCUACAAGUCAUUCUUUGCAGUGCUUCCAGAGAUGCUGUGCGAGGGAGAGAUGGUGAUGGACGACUUUACCUGCUGGAGCGGAGAUGACGUGGUGGAGAGUUAUACAGGCAGAGUGGUCGGGAACGGUCUCCAGGCCCAGAAGCAGAACCCAGAGGUCAAAGUUCGCAGCCCAAACCCCGAACUGGCCGUGGUGAAGGAGAGGCUGGAGCGCUUCAACCAGGAGAUUCAGGACAUGCUGCCAGGGCUGGGCCAGAGCGAGUCCUGGGGGGAGCUGGGUAGUGGCGACACAGAGGAUGGCAGCGGAGACUGUGACGAUGAAGACGGGUGUCAAGGAUCUGGAACGGGGACGGUCAGGAACUCCCCUGAUGGUCGACCAGAGGUUUCCAGCGACAAAGCCGUAGGAAGUAACCCUGGUGGUCGCGCUCCCCCAGUGGUGAGGGUGAGAGGUGCAGGGUGCCCCCCUGCCUGUCUGUCUCUACCCACGGCCCUCACCCUCCUCCUGGUCACUCUGGCUCUACAGUGGAGGAUGCUGUGAACAAAUCAUAGUGCCCCCUACUGACCUGGCCCCAUCCACACACACAGUAGAGACUACACCCCUACACCACCUCCUAUGUACCCCAACCCCAAUGCACAGACUGGACUGGGGUAGAGGAAGGAGGACGGGUGAAGAAAUGUGAAGAGGACUUAGAGAGAGGGAGGAGGGGGUGAAGAGAAAAGGAGAGAGAGAGAGAUGUGUGUGUGUAUGUGGGGGGGGGGGGUCAGUAUGGAUGGGGACGGACAGGGACUGUGUUGUCCCCAUAGAGACGUGAGUGUGUGUGUACGAGCUCCUCACAGGCAGAUUGUUACAGUACUCAGCCUGCUGCUUCCUGUGUGUAUGCUGUGGACUAGGCUCCCUGCACAGCUCUCCUGCUCUCUGCUUUAACAAUGCACUCAUAUUCUCUACCACUGGGACGGGCUACCACGCAGUGGGACGGACUACCACGCAGUGGGACGGACUACCACGCAGUGGGACGGACUACCACGCAGUGGGACGGACUACCACGCAGUGGGACGGACUACCACGCAGUGGGACGGACUACCACGCAGUGGGACGGACUACCACGCAGUGGGACGGACUACCACGCGGGACUUCUGGGCCUCAAUAUGCAAAACUCGCUCACAUACUCACGUGCACGCUUUCACACACACAGACACACACCUACAUUAACCCAUAUGCAGGCAAGCAUGCAUACACACUUUUCACUCUGCUGCUGGUUUUCUGUGUUGUCAGCUACACUACUUACCUCUGUGGAUACUUUGCAUCUUUAGCCAACCUUCUCCUGGGUUUCAACGCCAUUGGGCAGAGUUCACCUCAUUUUAAAACUCCCAACUGUUUAUUUCCUCUGAAGGAUUAAAACAUAUAAGAAAUGCAUGCUGAAUUAAUAAUACAGUCACUUUCCACCAGGCCAGCAUAGCCGAUUGGACCCACUCUAAUUGAUUAAUCGUAAUCCACAUAAUCAUUUUGUAUUGCCUGUUGCUGCAGGAUUGUUUUCCUUCUGCAGCAAACUGGCUCAAAGGAAGUUCCCACGUCUGUAUGCAACAGUAGAAUGUAUCGAUCUCAUUGGUAGAGAAGGACAGAAACGCACACGUUCGUCAGACGCGGCAUGUGUGUGUGGGUGGUAUGUACUGUGUGUAGACCGAUUGAUUUGUUUGAGUAUAUUUCGAUAUCGUUGUAUUGAACUCUCCCAACAGCGGCCCUUUAUUGAUAGAGUUGAAUGGAUGAAACGUGUCUGAAUAGAUUCUAUUUUGUCUCCAUUUUGUUUUCUGAAUAGCUUUGAAUGAACUGUGCUUGUCCCCGUAUUAAAUGAAACGCAAUGCAAUAGUAUCAGAGAUAUAUUUUGUAUCACGACUAUACCAAGAAUGUACAAGUGUCUUUUCAUACACCAACAUGGUAUAUGAAGUGUUGGCAACUUUCUUUCCCCAGAAACCAUCGGUCAAAGCCUGUUUGUACAUUGUUGAUUUACUAUUGUUCGUCAUUCGUCCAUUUUUUUGUUGUUGUCUGUGUGUCGCUCUUUGAAUUGCACAUAUGCAUGUCUACCCUUCAAAGGUGUCGUUGUUUUGUUACGUUAGUAACUUGAGACCGUGUACUGUAUUACAUUGCAGCAGUCUGUUACCUCUACGAAAAAAACAACAACAUUGUUUGUGUUUUUAACAGCCUGGUACUUCAUUUCAUGCUACUCUGCAUCUCUCUCUUUAUCUCCCUCUCUCGCUCUCUCUCACUCAUCUGUCUCUCUUUUCCGUAACCCAUUCAAUUACUUUAGUUCUGUUUUGACAAUGUGAUCAAAAUAUGUAACCAGCUUCUUCUACAGCUACCAUAUUAACCCAUAUUUAGGAUAAUAACCGCUGAACAAUACAUUAUAUCACUAAUGCAGAAAUAUACACAAUGCCGUUACAUACAUGGCAGGGCAUUUCUAUCGCUUGUUGUUUGAUUGAAUAUUUUGAUUGAUAUCUGUUGUAUUUUUAUUUUUUUUUAGAAGGGAACGUUUCUUUGGUUGGUACUGUAGAGGUUUGUAGACUUGGAAGUGAUUAAAACCAGGAGAAUGAAUGUCUCAAAAAACACAGAUGUUUAUACUGUUUAGGCUUUUUGCUGACCACGGGAUCUGACCAGUAAAAACGAUGCUACAUUUAGCCUACACCUGGUUCAUGUUCAUUAGGGCACGCAAAGGAAAGUGAAAAUGAGACGUUAUCAUGACCUCUUUUUUUUCAUUUUUUUUCAUUCUUGCUGCCGAAUGAACACAAUCCUCGCCUCCUCUUUCUGCUGACAAGGGCGUGACCUAUAUUGGGCGAAAAGUACUUGCUGUGUCUCCAAAGUUGGAGUUGUGCAUUGCUUCCCACAGUUUCUGUAUUGAACUGAGUUAGCCUAAUGCAAAGUUGGCCGACAGACAUUUUGUUUUCAGGCCACAUUCAGAGUUGUACUGUCUACACAUCACCUGGUCUGCUGCAUUUCUCAUCUACCAUUUCCUUAACUCGCAUCCAUUGCAUUCAGAUCACUUACUAUAGCAUGUGUAUAAAUGUAUAUAUUUUAAGUCCCUGUCCAUUUGUGGUUUCAUUUCCUUUCUUUUAUAUUGGAGACAUCACAGUGUAAGAAAUGUGGUGUAGUAAGGUAUAUCACAUUUAUUCUACUAUAAUGCUGUACUGAAGAUUUUCCCCAUCAGCAAGUUUACUACCAUAAUGGGUGUGAAUGCAGGGUGUGAAUGCAUUACUACCACAUUGAGUGUGAAUGCAGUGGACAUUUGCCUGACAACUGAUAUUGGCUCUUUCUCAAUUCAUCUUUCUCCUAUUCCUUGUAUCCUCUCUCCACGCCUCAUUCUCAAACCGCUUUGGAGAAGAAAGCGAGUGGAGGGACCUUGGGCCUUCUCCUAUAGGGUCGAGGAGGGGGUGAGGAAUCACUGAAGGACUAGUUAAGAAAGAGCCAUUGUUUUCAUCCUAUAUGGCUUAUUCCUUAUUAAAGGGCUCCCACUGUUACUGCCCGAGUCAACAUAACCUUCUCUGAAAGUUCAUAAACACAAGCAUGUUAAAACCA